AACAAUAACAAAAGGAGCAAAAACAUUAUUAAUCGAGUAUUUAUCAAAGAAAGACGUAAUUUUAAAGUUCUACGCAGAACUUUUCAUCGAAAAAAUGAAUUAUUCAUUAUUAGUCAUUGCAAUUAUUUGCUCAAGUGUCUUACCGAGUUCAGCAAAAAUUGAUCAUUUUCAACCGGAGCAAGUCCAUAUAUCACUCGGAGAUGAACCGAAUUCCAUGACCAUAACUUGGAGCACUCGCGACGACGCCGGCGAAAGUAUCGUCGAAUACGGCAUCCGAGGCUUAGUUCUGUCCGCCAAAGGCACUUCCCAGUUGUUCGUUGACGGCGGAAAUCUUCAUUUAUCGCAAUACAUUCACCGCGUUCAUCUCCGAGACCUCACCCCAGGCGCGCAGUACGUUUAUCACUGCGGCGGCGAGAACGGAUGGUCCCCAGAAUUUUGGUUCAUGGCACCGCAAGAAGGCGAAAAUUGGAGUCCUCGUUUCGCGAUUUACGGCGACAUGGGAAACGAAAAUGCCCAAUCUCUGGCGCGGCUUCAGGAAGAAUCGCAACGCGGGCAUUUCGACGCCAUUUUGCAUGUUGGCGACUUUGCGUACGACAUGAACACGGAAAAUGGCAAAGUGGGCGAUGAAUUUAUGAAUCAGAUUCAAUCUGUGGCCAGUUACGUGCCUUAUAUGGUUUGUCCCGGAAAUCACGAGGAAAAGUACAAUUUUUCGAAUUAUCGCGCGAGAUUCACGAUGCCCAACUUUAAAAAUAGCGAAAAUUUGUGGUAUAGCUUCGACAUGGGGCCCGUUCAUUUCAUCAGCAUCAACACGGAAGUUUAUUAUUUCAUGAAUUACGGCAUCAAAACGCUCGUUAAGCAAUAUUUGUGGCUGCAAAAGGACUUGGAAGAGGCAAACAAGCCGGAAAAUCGUCAAAAGCGCCCGUGGAUCAUCACCUAUGGACAUCGCCCGAUGUACUGCAAUGACUUGGAUGGCGACGAUUGCACUCAUAACGAGACCCUCGUACGUGUUGGACUCCCUUUUACUCACUUUUUCGGCUUGGAAGACCUUUUUUACAAACAUACCGUCGAUAUUGAGUUAUGGGCGCAUGAACACACCUACGAGAGACUUUUCCCGAUUUAUGAUUAUAAAAUGUACAAUGGGAGUUAUGAGGCUCCGUACACGAAUCCUCGAGCUCCGGUUCAUAUAAUUUCGGGUUCAGCAGGAUGUAAGGAGAAAACUGAUACUUUUCCGGAACAUGCGCCGACUUGGAGUGCCUUCAGGAGUACGGAUUACGGAUAUACGAGGAUGAAAGUGCAUAACAAGACGCACAUUUACUUCGAACAGGUGUCGGAUGAUAAGUUGGGACAAGUCAUCGAUUCGUUCUGGGUUAUCAAGACUGAGAGGAAACCGUAUCCGCUUGCAGACCAAAUUGAUUAAAAAUUGAUGUUACCAAAAAAAAAUUAGAAAAAUUAUUUUUUUUAGCACGAAUGACGCAGAAAUAUUUGAAUUUUUAUACAUUUUUAUGUAAAUUUAUUGUGAUUAAUAAAGAAAUAUAUUUUUA